AUGGUGACAACUUUCAAAAUAGCAAUCCUUGGAGCGCAAGGGGUUGGGAAAUCAGCAAUUGUGCACCAGUUUCUCUACAACGAUUACAGUGACCACUACAUGCCUACAAAAACGCGUCACAUCUACCUGCCUGCUGUGGUCAUGAACGAGCAUGUGCACGACCUACAGAUAAUGGACUUUCCACCCAUUCCAUCCUUUCCAGUCAACACUCUGCAGGAAUGGGCAGACACCUGCUGCCGGGGAUUGCGGAGUGCUCACGCCUACAUCCUGGUGUAUGACAUCUGCUGCUUUGACAGUUUUGAAUAUAUCAAAACAAUUCGGCAACAAAUAUUAGACACAAGGGUGAUCGGAACCAACGAGAUCCCCAUCAUCAUCGUGGGGAACAAACGGGACCUGCAGAGAGGGCGCGUCAUCCCCAGGCGGAACGUCUCCAACCUGGUGAAGAAGACGUGGAAGUGCGGCUACAUCGAGUGCUCGGCCAAGUACAACUGGCACAUCCUGCUGCUCUUCAGCGAGCUGCUGCGGAGCGUCGGCUGCGCGCGCUGCAGGCACGUGCACACCGCCAUCCGCUUCCAGGGGGCGCUGCGGUCCAACCGCUGCGCCGUCAUGUGAUCCGCCGCCGGGGUCCAGCCGCUGCGCCGUCACGUGAUCCGGCGCCGGGGACCAGCCGCUGCGACGUCAGGUGAUCCGCUGGAGACCAGCCGGUGCACAGUCACGUGAUCAGCCGGGGACCAGCUGCUGCGCCGUCACGUGAUCCUCCGCCGCUGUUCGUUCUAGGGGCGGCGGCAGUGCCCGGGAGCUGGGGAGAAAUUUUAUCUUGCCCUACCAUCAUCUCGCCGCGCACAUGUUUGCCUCGAAUAGACAGGCCGCCUUCAUCUGCCUCUCUCUGCUCCCGUGUGUGCGUGCGUUUGUGAGUGUGUGUGUGUUAACAGCGGCUGAGUUGUCGGCCUCUUCACUAAAUCUUGUACAACCGUCUUCAAUUUCUUCCCGUCAGUUACUUCAGCAAUAAUGAAUCGGAAGGAUGGAGAACACGGCGUCCUGACGCUUCGAGGCUGGUAGUAGAGUCUCGAGGUCAGUGGCCGCAUGGUCCAUGGAACUGACCACAACAUCCGUUGAAGCUCCAGUCCACCACUGGGCUCCUGCUGCUGGGUGAGAGUCAGAAUACUGACCAACAAGCACCGAUACCAUGUCAUACACUGGUACCAGUCCCCAUCCCCACUACUGACAAUACCCAGCACCUAUACACUUGGGGGGGUUCACAGCAGCCAAUUUACCUGCUCUUUGCACUUGCCUGACAUGUUAAAGGAAAGCAGUUGAGAGAACACGUGGUCUCCACACACAGCAUUGAGAGAGGAAUUGAACUGGAACAAUGGGACACCACCUGUGUCUCUGUGCCCCUGUGUGAGAUGCCACCUUUCAAAAUGUCCUCAAUAGAUAUCUGCCACGAAUUACCAAAAGAAUGAAUUUCUCCCCAGUGUCCAGGUCACCCACAGCUCCAAGAACCAUUAACUGGUUUCUCAGACUGUGUUGCAUGUAAGCUGGUGAGACCGUGUGUACACAGACUGGCGGGACUGUGUACAUCGAUUGAUCUCACCACAGGCUGGAGAGACUGCACACGCAGGUUGGUGUCAUCAUGCCACACACAGGUUGGUCUGACUCUCUUUUUGUCUUUGCGAGUCAGGAGAAAUGAAAGUAGAAAGCAGUAGAGAAACCCAGAGGGUAAAUUUGCAAAUAUGUUGGAACCUUAAUGAGCCUUGUCUACGAGAUUGGACACAGCAUCACAAUGCUGGAAACUUCAGUAGAGGCAAGGUCUCCUCUCUUGUCACACUUAUUUUUCACUCAAUAAGGUCUUAAGGAGCUUUUGAGCACUGAGAAGAACCAGAAUGUGUAAGGCUUGAGGGGCUUUUUUCCUGUGUUCUGAGCUCAGUUAUCACUGAAGAUUGUAUGUGUAAAGAUUGCCCAGUGUUGUGGCAAAUCUUUCUCGCAGUGUUUUAUAUUAUAAUGGUCCUUCAUUCUUCCAUCAUUAAUUCUCAUUACCACCUACUUUUCCACAUUCCUUCACCCAGAUGAGAGGGAUAUUUUUCACUCUCUUCACUUCAAAAUCCAUCUUGUCAACACUUUAUAACUUAGACCAGUGGAUGCAUCUUCUCACUCCUGAAGUGUGGCGAAUUAGCCAGCAGAUGUGACACCUUCAAAUCUCAGCAUUGCUCCGUUACCACACUGAUAUGGGUGUGUUACUGAUAGCUUUGAAUCUACGACCGAGGGAGCUCAGAGAUGAUAGAUGUAGUGGCUUAUCAGACAACAGAUUAUCAGAUGUAAGAUGGUUUGUUUCAUAAAGAUAAUCAACCCUCACAUCUUUUAAACUGCUCACAUUAUCUUAUGUUGAUUGACGUUCUGAAGGGGGACUAGGAAACAAAGGUCAGGUGGGGGCAUGGCUGUUCAGAUCUAUAAUUCACAUUACAUUCCAGAUAACCAUCUGUCAGAGGGUAGAAUGAGAAUGUGCACAUCAGCUCAGGACUUAAUUGUGCAGAUGGUAUCCAAUUUAUCAGGUCCAUUCAUAAAAAAUUAUUCUGUAGCUUCCUUCCAGAGGUCAGGAUUUCCCAAAUUCUUUAGUUCCAAUGAGGAAUUUUUGAAGGGCAUUCACUUGUAAUUUUAGAAAUUAUUUUCUGAACAAAAUUUAAAUAAAAAUACUCAGGCAAUGUGCAUCUACAGCAGAUGUCUGACAGUAGUUUCAUUGCUCCCCAGUAACAAUGUAAAAUCUCUGAUGAUAUGGGAAAGGGUUUUUUGGAUGCCAGGUUUGGUCACGGGGUACUGGUGUCAGGGGUGUAGGCCAUUUCUAUUUGUCACUAAUCCUCAAACACCAUUGGACAGUAUUAUAUGCAAACAUUAGCUUUGAAGUCCAGUUUUUACUCUGUAAAUGACUACACCAGCGAGACCUAUUAACCCACAACAGAGAAACUUAAUAGCCACCUGCAUUUUGCUUUCAUUAUUUUCUUACAACAAAGGAGGCCAUUCAGCCCAUUGAGUGUUCACAGACCAAUCCAUUUCCCUACUUAUCAGUAAAUGUGGAAUAAUCUUACAGAAGACAGGCCACCGGGCUUAUAAAUGAGCAUCCUGGCUGUUGGCUGCACUGGCGGACUCUCCCAGACAUGGUCUCAUGAACCACACUGAAUGAGCUGAGCAAAUCCGUAUCAAUGAUGGUCUUUCACUAUAUCUUUGCCAUCUGUAGCAUCUUGCUCUGCACAGAUUGGCUGCCCCAUCUCCCAUAGUUGCUUUUCUUCAAAAGAACAACAUUGGAGACAGUAUGUCCCUCACAUCUUGAUGAAGUGAAUUUUACAUAUUAUUCCUACUUUUCCCAUGGUUCUCUUCAUUUAAAUUCCAGUAAGAGUGAUUGCCACUUUGGAGUUCCUUCCUCAUCCUUGAAUCUCAUGAGUUGAGAUGGAAUUUUCUAUACAAGUCAAUUUUAUACAUUAACACAUCUGGAACAUAGCUUUAUCAAACAGAAUGGCCUGGGGAAUUAGUUGGGCCAUUAACCAGCAUGUAUUCUAUUGCUUAAGAUACCAAAAAGUUUAACUGAAUUAUUAUUUUAUUUACAAUAAAGAUCAGCAGUGGUUAAAGGAAGGGCUUUACUUCCUGCAGUGAAAAUCGACAGGAGACUUGGACAUUCAGUUCCAAAACAUGUCAAGUUCAUUGGUGGAGCCCAUUGGCUGUGGUCCCAAUCAAUAGUAUCUCAGCAAACCAUAACUAUUGUAAUGUGGUCUGACUGAGACAGUAAACUAGUUUAACUACCAACUGAUCCUUCAUUUACAUUGUACGUAUUCUGAUUAUUAAUCAUACUGCUGGGUUUGUGCAAUUAUUAAUA